CACUGCAAUCCUUGGAGCUCUGAGAAAGAGACUCGACCUUUUUCUAUUGCACAGGUGUCAUGACAAGCGCAUCGGGAACACCUGCUUGAACUAGGCUCCAUGUCAGCCAAUAGCGUAGGACAUCGCAAUGCAACUGGUGCGCGACGGGCCAACGGCGGUAGUGCUUUCGCAAGCAGUGCGACUUCCAGCAAUUCUGGGCCCAAGCAAGUUGUGAUCAUUGGCGCAGGAAUUGGUGGGUGUGCAAUGGCUGCGAGGCUCGGGAAACUCGGUUACAAGGUCACCGUCUUCGAAAAGAACGAGUUUAGUGGCGGACGAUGCUCACUCAUUCACGCAAAUGGGCACAGAUGGGACCAAGGUCCUUCCCUGUAUCUCAUGCCUGAGCUAUUCGAACGAGCUUUCAAAGACCUGGGCGAAGAUGUCAAGAAUCACUAUGCGCUUCACACCUGCAACCCAACAUAUAAUAUCCACUUUGCAGACGGUGAAAAGUUCACGCUCACGCCCAACUUGGCCGAGAUGGGACCGCAGCUCGAGCGCUUGGAAAGGCCAGAAGGUGUCAACGACCCACUUGGAAACUUUAUCAAGUUCCUGAAGGAGGCAGGGGAGCACUACGAAGAGAGCAUCGAGCAUGUCCUCCUUAAGGACUGGAGUGUUAGCCCGUUGUCGCUGCUGCGGAUUGAGCUUCUCCUGAUGCUGUGGAGGACCAAAGCCCUGCGUGUCUAUCGAAGCCUCUACGGUCGGGCGAGUAACUUCUUCCGCAGCUCUCAUGUUCGACAAGCGAUGACAUUCAGCUCGAUGUUCAUGGGCAUAUCACCGUUCCGUGCGCCAGCCACUUACUCGCUCCUCCAAUAUGCAGAAAACUCAAAGGGCGUGCUAUAUCCCAUCGGCGGGUUCCACAAGGUCGUCGAGUCGCUGGAGAAAAUCGCCAACAAGAAAUUCGGGGUCGAAUUCCGAUAUAACGCCGGCGUCAAGAAAGUCUUACCGAACUUGCAAUGUCCAGGACGGGUGCUCGGUGUUGAGCUUGACUCGGGCGAGGAGGUCAAAGCAGACUUAGUCGUGUGCAAUGCUGACUUGGUUUGGGCUUAUAACAACUUGCUUCCGGAAAGUUCGUACAGCCAGGGCCUCCGAAAGCUCGAACAGACUUGCUCUUCUUUCUCUUUCUACUGGGCAUUGAAGGAAACUGUCCUAGAGCUAUCAGGCCACAAUAUCUUCCUGGCCGACCAAUAUCAAGAAUCCUUCGACGAAAUCUUCGACAAAGGCGAAUUACCUUCUCAGCCUUCUUUCUACGUCAACGUUCCCUCACGUCUAGACCCGACGGCCGCACCACCAGGGAAGGACACGCUUGUCGUGCUAGUCCCAUGCGGCCUGCUACGCGCGGACAACACGCCCGGUGUGGCUGACACACACGAGGAGCUUGAGCGCUUAAAGGAACGUGCUAGGCGGCAAAUAAUCGAGGCAAUCAGCAAACGCCUCAAUCGCCCAGACUUUGAGAGCCUCAUCGAACACGAAAUCGUGAAUGACCCCUUCACAUGGAAAGAAAAGUUUAAUCUGUUCAGAGGCAGUAUACUAGGAUUGAGCCACUCAAUUAUGCAAGUUCUCUACUUCCGGCCCUCUACUCAGCAUUCAUACUAUCGCAACCUUUUCUUUGUCGGCGCUUCAACCCAGCCAGGGACGGGCGUGCCUGUCGUUGUUGCGGGUACUGAAGUGAUCGCCAAAAAGGCCGACCGUUUCCUGCGCGGCUACGACACAUCAUACACAAAAGAGUACAUUGCCAUCCUUAUCUUAUUAAGUAUGUUUAGCUGGCUCGUUGUAUGGAUCUUCAAUCUCACGCCCAAAACGUUUGACAAAGAAGGACUUGUGCGCGCCGUCGCAGCCGAGGCAGCGAAGUCAACCUCCGCCCUCUGAUGUAAAGUAACUGAAUGUAACAUCCUCAAGCCUAG